CGUGCCCCGCGUGGCUGCGUGUCAACGUCUGUGCCUGUAACGAGCCUUUUCGUCUGCGAGCGCCGUUGCCCCGCGCUGCAAAUAUUCACCGCCCCCCCUCCUCCUGAUUCGCUUCCUGCAACGUGAGGCAGCGCGAUGGGAGUCCAAGGACUUUGGAAGCUGCUUGAAUGCUCCGGAAGACCAAUAAACCCAGAAACUUUGGAAGGAAAAAUUCUUGCUGUCGGUAUCCUUCUCCCCGUGCGCUGACAGGCGCUGCUGAAACAUAUCGGAGCCUCUGCCCCGCCGCGAAAAGAUGCAGAAAUCUCCCGAAUGGACGCAAGAGUCCGCUAGAGCCAGGCAGGGUACAGAUAUUAGCAUUUGGUUGAAUCAGGCAGUAAAAGGAGUAAGGGACCGUCAUGGUAACACCAUACAAAAUGCUCACCUACUCACUUUGUUCCAUCGACUCUGUAAAUUAUUGUUUUUUCGAAUCCGUCCUGUCUUUGUUUUUGAUGGGGAGGCACCAUUACUGAAGAGACAGACUUUGGCUAAGCGAAGGCAAAGAAAAGAAUUGGCAGUCAGUGACUCUAAGAAAACUACCGAAAAACUCUUGAAAACUUUCCUGAAAAGACAAGCUAUCAAAACGGCUUUAACAGGCAAAAGCAAUGAAGCACUGCCCAGUAUUUCACAAGUUCAAAGAGAAGAAAUUGAUGAUAUGUAUGUAUUGUCGUCUUUACAAGAGGAAGAAAAAAAGAGCUCAGAAGAUGAAGAUGAGAGAGAGUGGGAAGAAAGAAUGAGCCAAAAAAAAAUAUUGCAGGAAGAAUUCUUUGACAAUCCUCAUUCUGUAGACAUUGAAUCAGAAGACUUUGGCAGUCUGCCUCCAGAAGUGAAACAUGAAAUCCUGACGGACAUAAAGGAGUUUACAAAACGACGAAGAACAUUAUUUGAGGCAAUGCCAGAGGAGUCCAAUGACUUCUCGCAAUACCAACUCAAUGGCUUGCUUAAAAAAAAUAAUCUCAAUCGAUACAUAGAAAAUGUGGAAAAAGAGAUGAAUCAGCAGCACUCAGGCCAUAUCCAAACCCAGUAUGAAAAUGAGGGAGGCUUUAUGAAAGAAGUGGAAAGCAAGAGGGUGGUCUCUGAAGAUACUUCUCACUAUAUUUUGAUAAAAGGAAUUCAAGUAAAGGAAGCCACCAGUAAACACUUGGAAACUCUUUCGGUUGGGCAUUCUUCCACAAGAUCGGAAUAUAAUAUACCUGAUAAAAUACAUAAUGAAAUUAAUGCUAAUCUCAAGCCACCUUCACCUGAAAAGUUAGAGGAUAGCAAUGCAGUCGCAGCACCACCUUCCCCCAGAACGUUGCUUGCUAUACAAGCAGCUUUGCUAGAAAACAGCUCAGAAGAGGAGCCAGAGGAUGAAGAUAAAAGGCAGCUGCAUUUGGACCAAGCCACUUUCUGCCCUAGUAUAGCUGAAGGCAAUGUCUCACCAAGAACAAUACAGGCUGUUCAGCAAGAUCUAAGUGAUGGUGAUGUGAAAGCAGUUAUUACCACUGGUGCUGAUAUAACACAAAUGGAAAGGUCAAGGGUGAAGGAUCUUAGUAAUAACUCAGAUGAAGAAAAUGAGGUUCCUAAAAUUAAGGAUGAAAAAGAACCUCUACUUUUACCUACAGUUCUUUCAGCAAACACAGCUUUUGUGCAAGAUGGUGAAUCAGACCAAAAAAGUCAAUCAGAUUUGUUUUUAAUUCCUUUACCUAAAGGCGUGUGCACACCUUGUGUUAAAAAUUAUUCAUUUGUUGAAAACAUUAGAAUAGAUAAAGAAGAGACAGAAAAUCAACAAGAUGACACUUCACAAAUGGAAUCAGGUUCUCUGCAAGAAAACAUGAAUGUUUGCAUGCAGAAACCAAUAAGUUCCACAACAGAGACUACUUCAGUAGCUAUGGUUCAUACAGAAACUACAGAAAUUUCCAACAAUGGGGAAUCUGAAAACGUAGAGUGUGUUUUACCAAAAGCAGAGAAGAGUAUCUCUGAGCUACAGCAUCCACUUUCAGUCACUCCAGAAAUAGCAAAACUUAAUGAGGCAAGAGUGGAAAGGGAAUCACAGUCUGAAGAGAGUGAUUCAGACGGUAGCUUUAUUGAAGUGGAUAGUGAAAGUAGCAAUGACACUGAGUUUCCAGGUGAAAUAUUUAAAACAUCAAUUGCUCCCUCUGAACCUGAUGAGACAGUCACUGUUGAAGCAGCAGCUACAGAACUGCAGAAGAAAGGAGAGGAUGAUGUCACAGAGAACCCCCUUAAAGACACUACCGAAGAAGUGCAGUUGGCAUGUCAUCAGAAUGCUGAAACCAAAAAAGACGGGAAAGAUGCAGUGAAUGAGUGGCGAGAUAUUAGUUUGGAGGAAUUGGAAGCCUUAGAGAAUGACCUUUCUGUUGAACAAAAUAUGCUUCAUGCUCAAAAACAACAGCAGGAGCGUAUUGCUGCCACUGUAACAGGACAGAUGUUCUUGGAAAGUCAGGAACUUCUCCGUCUGUUUGGAGUUCCUUACAUUGAAGCACCUAUGGAGGCAGAGGCCCAGUGUGCUCUCUUGGACCUUACUGAUCAGACCUCUGGGACAAUUACUGAUGAUAGUGAUAUUUGGCUAUUUGGAGCACGGCAUGUUUAUAAAAAUUUCUUCAGUCAAAAUAAAUAUGUGGAAUAUUACCAAUAUGUGGACAUUCAAAACCAGCUAGGGUUAGACAGAAGCAAGUUAAUUAAUUUGGCCUAUUUGCUUGGAAGUGACUACACUGAAGGGAUCCCAUCUGUUGGCUAUGUAACAGCAAUGGAGAUUUUAAAUGAAUUCCCUGGGCAUGGAAUGGAACCUCUCUUAAAAUUCACUGAAUGGUGGACUGAAGCUCAGAAGAAUAAGAAAAUAAGACCCAACCCACAUGAUACCAAAGUAAAGAAAAAACUGCGCCAACUGCAGCUGAGUUCUGGCUUCCCAAAUCCAGCAGUAGUAGAAGCUUACCUGAAACCUGUGGUGGAUGAAUCAAAGGGAACAUUCAUCUGGGGAAGGCCUGAUGUAGAACAGAUCAGAGAAUUCUGUCAGAAUUGCUUUGGCUGGACUAGGACAAAGACAGAUGAAAUCCUUUUGCCUGUACUUAAACAGCUGAACUCACAACAGACUCAGCUUCGAAUUGACUCGUUCUUCAGAUUAGCAGAACAUGAAAAGCAAGCCAUUAAGAGCCAGAGACUUCGAAGAGCUGUGACUUGUAUGCAAAGGAAAGAAAAAGAAGCAGCAACUGAUAAGAUUCAGGAGGCUACUGCUGUUGCAGAGAAAAAAUUGAAACAUGAUGAGAAAGGAAAAGUAGCUGUUCAAGAUAUUGUAGUACAAAGCCAAAAGACAAAGAGGAAAAAGCAUUCGAAGUCCAAAGAGGAGAGUUUCUAUGGAGGUGGUUUCAUUGGAGAUGUGCAGCUUUCGGAAGCAUCCAGUGGGUCUUCAGAGGAAGAUUCUGAAAGCAAAGUUUUACAUCUGUGCAAAAGAGGAAAAACUAUCAAGAAGUCACCAGUUCAGAAAAACACAGUGAGACAAAAGUACAGUAAAGAGGAAGAGGGGAAUGGUAGCUCAAGUAGUGAGGAUGGAAAUGAGGAGAAAACUGUCAUGGUAACCGCCAGGUCUGUGUUUGAGGGCAAAAAAGGGAAAUUAUGGAAUAUGAGAGGAAGAAAAAAGAAAAAGUGCUAAUUGUAUUUUGUUUUAUGAUCAAAUCUUCAUUGUAAAUAUUCUAAUGAAUUCUUUGGUAGAAUAGAAUAAACAUAAAUUAUCCCUUG